CGACGACCUUACGGCAGUGCCACACGAGCUGCCGCCUCGAAAGGUGGUCGCGAUCGGCAUACAGCCUGGAGUUUGUGUACUUUACGCUCUUUUCACGGUUCACUCCAAUUGUAAACGGCGAUACAGUGCAACGUUCCACCGUGCAAUCGUCGAAAUUACAACGAAAUCCAGGAAGCUCGUCGCUAGCGACCGACAGCAUCCGAGUUUGUGGAUUUCUUAAAAAUUACUACGUUUUCCAAAAGAAGAGUGAAAACUUGAUAUCGCUGUGAAUAAUCGAGCAGACCUCUCCGAAUCGAUCGUUUCCAACGAUUUCACUCGCGGCUUCAAUUCAACGGAUAAUGUAACCGUUAAAAAAGGCGAUCGUAAGUUCACUUAGGAGGUCGAUCGUCGCGUUGGAGUGUUCGCGAGCAUCGUUAAGGCUCGUCUAAUUGAAGUUAAAAGAAUAAUAGGUCAACGCACUUCGCCGAUCGAGGAAAAGUGAAAAGCUGGCAGUGUGAGCCGCACUCUCUCCUUUUCCUAGGGCCGUGUGCUAGAUUUAAUGCGCUCAAACAGGGCGUGAAGUCAAACACCAAGUUUCGUAAUUACGGUAAUUUCUCGGUCUAAUAAUGUCUUUUAAAAUGAACGCUUCCCUGUUGUUGGUGAUUUUCUUAAUAAAUCUCGUUUAUACACGUGACGUUGACUAUUGUUUCGCGGACGAAACUGACCCGUACUUGUACUUGGCCACCAAAACUGCCUACCAUUUUGUUCACGCUGGCAAAACUCGGUUUCAAGAUGUGCCAAACUGCGAAGCAGCACAAAUUUGGAUGGUCGCCACUCAUGGCACACGUUGUCCAUCGACUGUGGAAAUCGCUGAAAUGCUCACGUUAACGGAAAUCCAAAGUCAAAUACUAAACAAUCACGAAACACGACGCAACGGCCACAUGUGCGAUAGGGACUUGGAAAACUUGAAACGAUGGAAGUCGAACGCGUACCUUGAAAUGGAAAGGGCGGAAAUUUUGACACCGCAAGGUGUGGAAGAUAUGAGAUUGCUCGCGAGACGAUUGCAAAGUAAUUUCCCCCAUCUUCUGCAACCCAACGGAAAUAUAACGCCGGAGGAUUACUUGUUUAAAACCGUCGAUGCUGGCAACAGCAUGAAAUCGUUCAAGGAAGGGCUGUUCGGGAACGUAAAUACUGUCAUCGAAGAAGAAGUUUCCCCCAAUGACACUUUGCUCGCUGCAUACAAAACCUGUAAUUCAUGGCUCGAAGACUGCAACAACAUUUCUACGAAAAUAGUGGGCGAAUUCGAGAAUCAACCGGAGUUUCAGACCCUCAUACAGAACGUCAGUCGUCGUCUCGGAUACUUGUACAAUCUUUCAAAACGAUCAAUCCUAACGAUGUACGACAUGUGUCGUUACGAAAAGGCUUGGACAGUGACGAAACUUUCUCCCUGGUGCGCAGUCUUCAGCAAAGACGAGCUACGUGUACUGGAAUAUCGCGAGGAUCUCCACUACUAUUACAAAGCCGGAUACGGACGCGCAAUCAAUGCUCAGCUAGGAUGUACGCUGUUGCAAGACAUGAUGAAUCACUUUUGGAAAAUUGAGAAGGACGAAGAAUCGGUCGAACCUCGAGGCAUAUUCUACUUCAGCGAUAUCAUAAGUCUGCAGAAUCUCUUGACCACGUUGAACAUAAAUAAAGAUCAAAUGCAGCUGAAAGAUUAUAACUAUAAAGACAUGGCAAAGCGUCAAUGGCGGACGUCUUUCAUUUCUCCUUUCGCCGCCAAUCUCGUUGCAGUAUUUUACAAGUGCGACGGCGAUAAUCAACCAAAGAAGGUGAUGUUUUACUUGGCCGAGAAACUUGUUAUGAUGGACGGAUGUGAUGUGGGUCUUUGCGACUGGGAAUACUUCAAACAAAAGUUCAACCCAAUCAUCAACCGAUGCGAUCUAAACGCUUGCUUGGGCGGAAGCAGCGCUGGUACCUUUAUACCAAAUAUCAUUCUAGUUCUCUUCUCUUGCUUCACUCUAAUAUUAAUCAGGGAAUAGAGACUAAACACGUAUGUGUGUUCAGUUGUAGAAGUUCGUGGUUAACGAACGAUACAUCAUAAGUUUAAUAUCGGAUAGAAUAUUCCCCGACAUUAAGAAAUUGCGCUUCGCGAAUACUCCGCUGUGCUUUCGAAUCGCCAAAGAUGUAUAUUUAAUGUCUUUACUUUCCUAUCCUUAAUGCUGUAUACGUAAUUUAUAAACAUUUAUCGUUGUCUAUCGCCAUCCUCAUUUGUUUAUAUUUCACGGAUGUGUAAGCGGUUAAGUUGUAUAUUAUUUAUGCCAUUCUUCUUUUCGAUAACGUCCGUCCGAUUCAUAGUAGUUCCCACGACUGCACUACUUUACUAUCACACACCUACGAUUCAAAUUUAACGUUCCGAGCUCUUACCGUUUACGAUACGAUUAAGGAACAUAUCCUUCUAUAUGCUUAAUGAAUGUAAAGUCUGCAAUAUUAAGCUUCUACUUUAUUUGGUAAUGUCGUAUACUUUAUUCGUUUAUAUGUAACGUGAUGUUUCAUUCUUGAAUAAAACAUUGUAAGAAAUAAACGAUUACUUAAAUAAAUAUGAGAUUCACUGUAUAAA